AUGGAUGGCCUCUUUAGCAACGCAUGUUAUUUACUAUUGUACUGUGUUGAUUUUAUUCUGAAUAUUCUGUAUAGUUUCAGUAACGUCGUGAUAUUCGCAGGAAGAAUAUUUCUAAGAUAUAUGUUUGAUGUAAAGAUGAAAGAGUCAUCGAAGAAAAGGAAACGGAAUAAUUGUGCCGAAUCGAAUACUGUUGCAUCUCGGGGUAUAAUCAAUGCUAACUGGCAAAAGUUCCUUUCAAGCAACUUGAUUAUGGAUGCAAAGACCGAAAAGCCCAUUUCAGAAGGUAACGAAACGUACACGGGUACUUUCAGACGUGCCAGGCGGAAAAAAGCGAAGAACCAUACUAAUGUAGAACAUAACCUAAAAAGUUUAAAUAUUGAAAAUAAGGCCGAUAAUACAAGCCAGUCGGCAACAACAGUAGCAAAUAACGAUAAUUUAGCCAAGGAAUUAGUCAAGAAUAAUGAAAAUUCUAAGAAUAAAAAAAAUAGUCUGACAAAAUUUGUAGCGAUAGAUUGUGAAAUGGUUGGUAUUGGUUACGGAGGCAAUGACCAUAUGUUAGCGCGAGUGUCAAUAGUCAAUAAAUUUGGGGACUGCAUUUACGAUAAGUAUGUGAAAGCGAGGGAGGAGGUUGUGGAUUAUCGGACCGAGGUAAGCGGUAUACGCAAAGAGGACAUGCUCCAAGGAGAAGACUUCACAAAGGUGCAGAAGGAAGUCGCAGAAAUCAUAAAGGGUCGUGUAUUAGUUGGUCAUUCACUGAAGAACGAUUUGAGCGUCUUAUAUCUGUCACAUCCAAAAAGAAACAUUAGGGACACGUCAAGAUACAAGCCGUUCAGAAAGGUGACAAAAGGCAGUACGCCUUCUCUUAAAAGGCUAGCCAAAGAGAUUCUCGGUAUAGAAAUUCAGCACGGUGAACACAGUUCCGUGGAAGACGCCAGGGCUGCGAUGCAACUUUACAAUACUGUAGCUAAAAAGUGGGAGGACAUGAUGAGCGAAAAGAGAGGUUAUAAUAGAAGACUUUUGGAUGAAUCGUAGCAUUUUAUAAAAUACCAUGCCGUUUGAACUAUGAAAAAUAAACAUUAGUAAUAUAUAUAUAAGUUUUGUCAUAAAUAAUUUGUUAUAAGAUCGGACGUAAUGUUUUAAGGCAGUUUUUGAGCAAUAUGCCGUGACAAGAUAGCGUGCCCUCACACACUGACCAUUGAUUGCUGCGUAAUACUAUUUAUACUAUCUAUAAAUAAUACAGGUAUUCAACGCGCACGUGACAUACCCUUAUUUUAUCUGGACCUUUCGAAUCAUGUUACAAUGAUCUGUAGUCUCCAGGCGGCUGAAAACGUGAAAAACCGGUGUGAAAAUUUAAAAUCAGUUAUCGCUACACAAGUUUGAAUCUUAUUUCAACUACUUUAGCAAUAAUAAUUCUUUGACACAAAGUGACCCAUGUAACAAUGGGACAAAAUCGUGUCACUUGUCCCGCCAUGGGAAUGCUCAAUGGGACUAGUGGCAUAGACUGCACUGCUAGUUGGAUGCGAUAGCCCAUCGCAUCAAUCCGCGCCACUGCAAUAGUGUGCGAGUGACAGGCCAUGACUUGGGCCGCCAUUUUGUAUUCGUUUCUUUAUUCAAAUUUAAAAAAAUGUAUUAAUUUUAUUAUGGGACAUUUCAACAUCACUCUUGAUAAUUGUCUUAUAUUUUGGUUAUUCACAACAUUGGUUGACGUCAAAUAAAUUAUUGAAACGGGAUAUUAUAUCGUUGUGUUCUACGUUGUGUAACGUAAUAUGUAAAAAUUUAACGUAAAUUAACAACUAUUUUUUGUUUAUAAAUAAUACAAUUUGACCGGAAGAAAUCUCCUAAGGAAUAAUCUGCCGUUGCGCGCUAUUGUUUUUGUCGUACUAUGUUUACUGUAGUUCUGGUAUGUAGGUUCAAUAAAGUAUGUAAAAACACAAUAUGUAUUUACAAACAAACAUGUUUGGGUUCUCGCCUAAAAAAGACAAUUUUCCCGGUUGCAAGUGAUUAUCUUGAUUCAUACUUAUAUGUAACUAUUGGCACUAUUUACCUUCAUCCGUAUGUAUUUUACUGACCUUUCAAAUGUUGAUUAAUUUGUUAAAGAUAAUCCGUAUUUAUACUAAUAUUAUAAAGCUGAAGAGUUGGUUUGUUUAAACGCGCUAAUUUCAGGAACUACUGGUUCCAAUUGAAAAAAUAUUUUUGCGUUGAAUAGACCAUUUAUCGAGGAAGGCUUUAGGCUGUAUAACAUCACGCUGCAAGUAGCAAAGCAAAGAAAUAAAGGAAUAUGAAAAAAAAACGGGGACAAUUAUCAAUUAUUCGUCUAUAGUCUAUAGUGGAAUAGUUAUAUUGGGCAUCAUUGAAGCCCUUAAGGCUUCAAUGAUGCCCAAAAUAACUAUUCCACGCGGACGAAAUCGCGGGCACAGCUAGUUUUAAAAUAAAUCUGCUUAUUAUAUGUCUUAAAAACAAGUGCCUCUCAUUCUGUUUGUUUUAAUAUCGUCAUAGCCAAAUGUUUAGCGUUUUUUAUUUUGACCAAUAAAUAUUUUUGUAAGAAUA